AUGGAAUUUGAAAUUCUUCAAAUGAAGACAGGAGAAUCUGUAAAUGAAUAUUUUGCUCGAACACUUGCAAUAACAAAUAAGAUGAAAGAAAAUGGUGAAAGAAAAGGAGACGUUGCUGUUUGGGAAAAGAUUUUAAGAUCUAUGACUUCCAAACUUGAUUAUGUGGUUUGUUCCAUUGAGGUAUCUAAAGAUAUAGAUACUUUAACCAUUGAUGAAUUGCAAAGCAGCCUACUUGUUCAUGAACAAUGCAUGCGUUCUCACAUCAAUGAGGAACAUUCCUUGAAAGUGACAAAUGGAGAUCAGUCAGGAGGAAGGGGUCGAGGUCGUGGAAGUUUCAAAGGAAGGGAACGUGGAAGAGGUAGGCAACACUUCGAGAAAGCCAUAGUAGAAUGCUACAAUUGUCCCAAAUUUGGGCAUUUUCAAUGA